AUGAACGGAAACUAUCACUCGCAUCUCUCGUCAUCCGCUUGCCCAUCGGGACGACUUUCCCCACAUCCUCACAGCCACAAUCAGUUUCCAUCGUACCAGGACCUGAAAGAGGCAUUUCUCAACACGGAAGAUAUAAUGGGGGGAAUGGCUGCUCAGCAAGUGUUUCAGAAGGUGGAAGAAGUCGUGGAAGAAAUGGUUCAAGACAUACUCCUUGAGGGAACCGGCGUUGAGGACCAAGAAAUGGCAUCCGACCAAGCAGUUCCGGAAGAAGCAGCCAUGGGACUGCUGCUUCUAUUGAAGGGCUAG